AUGGACGCGAAGGACUCCAAGGAUAUCGAGACUUCCGCGUCGUCGCCCGCCUCCGGCGCGCACGAUGCGCAUCUCGUCCUAAUCCCUAAGCCCAGUACCCACCCCCGAGAUCCUCUGAAUUGGUCCUCUGGAAAGAAAUAUAUGAUUCUUUCCGUGUUAUGCCUGGCAUCUUUCUCUGGCGCCAUCGCGCCUCUAUCAGGCCAGCUUAACCUUGCUGACCAGGAGGAAUUGUAUAAAAAGACGAAACUGCAAGAGUCUUACGCGAACUCCGCUGCAUUGGCUGGCAUGGCCGCCGGUCCAUUUUUCUUUGCACCAAUCUCCCACCUUCUAGGCCGCAGCUCCGUGAUCUUUUGGUGCAUUCUUUUUACGCUUGUUUGCCAGAUCUGGGGAGCUGUCAUGACCCACCCUAAUGACUAUAUUCCGUACAUUAUUUCGCGAUUAUUUGCAGGGUUCUUCGGAGCAGUACCGACAACUCUAGGCCCGCGCAUCGUGACUGAUCUGUUCUUCCUGCAUCAGCGUGGUCGCGCAUUCAUGGCGUUGCAUAUGGCUUUUCUCUUCGGCACUAUUGCUGGUCCAACUUUCUCCGGAUUCGUUUCCGCUAAAUCAUUUUUUCCCGUCGAGUUCUGGUGGACAGUCGGUCUGCUCGGCUUCACGCUUAUUUGCUGCUUUUGUCUACUUGAGGAAACUGGGUUCGACAGGGUGAAUUUCGAAAGAAACCCUGAAAUUCCACAGGGCCUUGUUGCGAAACGCCUUGCGACAUUCUUGUUCGGACAGAGUGUUGUAUUGCCGACAACCUGGAAGGAAACGGCCAAAAUCGGAGUUACUCCUUUCCUCAUUGGGAUCUGUCCUGUCACAAUAAUCAUGGGUAUAUUCACUCUCAUCUCCUUCGGUUUCUACGUCGGCGUCAACGCCCUCACGCCUGUUUGGCUUCAGAAACCGGUCGCAGCUGGUGGCUACGGCUUCACGCUCAAGCAAAAUGCGGCUUUCACCUUCUGCCACUGGAUCGGCAUUAUCUUCGUCCAGUUCUAUGGACAUUAUCUCAACGAUCGAAUCCCGCUUGCCCUAGCCAAACGUUGGAACGGUGGCUCAUGGAAGCCCGAGUACCGUCUGCACGUCCUUUGGCUGCCAAGUCUAGUCAUCAACCCUAUUGGGUUGGGCAUCUUCGGUGCUGCGUUGCAGUAUCACCUGCAUUACAUGGUGCUUGCACUUGCGGUCUUUUUAGUCACGAUCGGCUCUUUGGCUAGUGUGCCCGUCACCGUCAACUAUGUUGUAGAAUGCUUCACACGAUACCCUGCCGAAGCCGGCAUUGUGAUUCGGGGCUUACCCUUCUAUAUUAAUCCCUGGGUCGAAGCUGUGGAUGUUGGCUGGGUUUAUGGAAUGAUGGCGUUCUUUGCCAUCUUCUCUUACUUCUUCGUCAUGCUGCUGAUGUGGAAAGGACAUGCUAUUCGGGGGAUUCAAUUCUCUAGCAUAUCGUCCAGCGAAGAGGGAGAGAAACUUGUCGAGGAGUGA